AUGGGCUCCGAAAUGGACACAUUCGCGGCCCGUCUGGCCAGCUUCGACGCCGUGCUCAAGCUCGAGAAGCGGAGAUCUUCAACCACGAAAGGCUCCGAUGUGAUCGCAUGGCCUCACCAGAGUCCAUCGCCGGCUGAGUUGGCACAUGCCGGCUUUUACUACAAACCGUACGAUACGAACCCGGACAACACCACAUGUUUUCAUUGCAAUCGAGCCCUGGACGGCUGGGAAGAAGAAGAUAACCCCAUAACAGAGCAUCUCAAGCACUCUCCGGACUGUGCUUGGGCAAUUAUGAUGGACAUCCAGCAGAAUAGCUCCAACCCCUCCACAAUCGAAGACCCGACCAGCGAGAGAAUAACCCAAGCCCGAAUUGGAACAUUUGGAACGCAAUGGCCACAUGACGGAAAACGCGGUUGGCUUUGCCAAUCAGAUAAGAUGGUCAGCGCAGGAUGGUACUUCUGCCCCAACGAAGAAAGCGAUGACUUGGCUAGCUGCGCCUAUUGCAAGCUGUCGCUCGAUGGAUGGGAGCCCAAGGACGACCCUUUUGACGAACACCAUCGCCGCUCCCCCGAUUGCUCCUUCUUUGUAUUCGGACAGCUCCCUGGGAAGAAGGGAAGAGGGAGACCCAAGAAAACCCGCACUUCCAAAGCAUCUUCUCGACUGUCAACUCAAUCCGUGGCUACUGUUGCAUCUGAAGCGCCUGAGGUAUCAGAGAUGGAGAUUGAUGAUACAAUGAACGAAAGCAUGAUGUCGCAAGCAACAGUGAAGCCAAAGGGGGCAAAGAGGGGCCCCAAGGGCAAGGGAAAGAAAAGCAAAAAGGAAGACGCCGACUUGCAAAGCGAAAUGGAUAUCGAUGAGCCUUCGCAACCAGAGCCAGCGAAACCCAAGCGCGCUGGAAGGGGGAAGAAACGAGCCAGCGAAGAGAUGGCCAAGGAUGAUUUGGAGUCUGUUGGACAGGCAGAACCCGAGCCAUCGGUAGAGCCACCUGCAAAGCGCCGCGCUACACGAACGCGCGACAGCAGCGUCUCUCAAACCUACAAGUACGAAUCGCAAGACCAUUUGGUCCUCGAUGACGCUUCGGUGCACGAGGCUCAGGAAGAUGAGCCCAAAAAGACUCGUAAGGGAUCAAAGAAGGGGGCGGCUAAGGGCAGGAAGGCUUCUGAUGUAUCAGUCGCACCUAAAUCUAGGUCCAAGGCUCGCAUACCACGAGACUCGGAGCUGGAGGCCGAGAUCGAAGCGGGUCUUGAAGCCGAUGAACCCGAACUCGUGGAGUCCGAACCGGAGCCCGAGGUCGAGCCCCAACCAGAAAUGGAGCUUCAAGAUGAGCCCGAGCCAGAACCCGAGAAGCCCCGUGCUUCAAAGAAGACCAAGUCUGGCAAGAAGUCGAAAGCAACCGGAAAGUCAUCCCAACCUCCUCAAGGUGAGCUUACGGAUUACAUGGACUUGCCUGAAGAGCAGCCAAAAGCCCCAGUGGAGUCGGCUGUGGUUGAUGUAACAGACGAAGAAGAAGCACCAGCUCCAAAGACGAAAUCAAGUAAGAGCUCCAAGAAGAAAGGGACUAAGAAGUCGAAAAAGCAAGAACCUGUGCAUGAAGAGGAGCGUGAGUUUGAAGACAAAGAAGACGAAUCUGAACGGGAUGAUCCUGAGCAUCACGAUUCAUUCAUCCCAGUCGAAGUCGUCCCACGUGAAACUGAGUCUCAACCAGAGCUAGAAGUGGAACAGCCAGCUGAGAAACCCUCAAAGAAGAAGGGAGGCAUCCCCCCUCCACCUGCUUCACAGCCCAUUGAGGAUGAACUCGGUUUCGAGUCUUCGAGAGAUGACGAGGAAUUCGGCACUCCGGAUGAUCUUCCUGACCAGAUUCAGGUGGUUCCCUCACCGCGAGCUCCGUCACCGGAGCCACAACAGACCCAUGAAAGGACGCCAGUGCCACCAAAGACGACAAAGAGAUACAGUGAUAUUCCUCAGGAGGAGCACCUGGCACAGUCUCUGGUCGAGUCGCACGGUUCUCGAAGUAAUGAGCGACGGACCUCUCAACGAGGUCGAACACCCACCCGAGCUGUAUCGCCGCUACCAGUACCUCAUCAGAGCACGCCAUCCUUGUCACCCCAGUCCUCUGAUGCGGAGAAUCGACCACCUUCGUCGCUCCCUUCGUCAAAACGGCCAAUUGUUUCAUCACCGCCAAGGGAGAAGACGGUUCGAACACCGCUUGCAGCCAGUACCCCGUCACCCUCGAAACGAAACUUGAAUGCUGGUUUCCCAGCAUCCGGGCAUCCCUGGACGCCGGUGGACAUUGACGAAAUUUUGUUUGGGGAAGCUAGCGACAAAGAGAAUGCAGACCUCGCCGGCCUUCUUAACGGGGCCAAGGCAGGUCUGACCAGUCCGGAGAAGAGGAUGACGGUGGAGGAGUGGAUUAGGUGGAAUGCCAAGAAUGGGGAGGAGAGAUUGAAGCGAGAAUGCGAACGACUUGUCAGUCAGUUCGAGAAGGAAGGUGGUCGUGCUAUGCGGCGGCUUGAGGCCAUCGAGUGCAUCGACUGA